AUGGAAGAACAAAACAAAACUGUGCUGAAUGAAUUCCUACUGAUGGGACUCACAGACCGUCCUGAGCUGCAGGCUCCCUUCUUCGUAUUGUUCUUUCUGGUCUAUGCAACAUCAGCGGUGGGCAAUGUGGGCAUGAUCAUCCUCACUAUGACUGAUGACAAACUACAGACCCCCAUGUACUUUUUUCUCAGACAUCUGGCUUUCAUUGACCUUGGCUAUUCAACAGCUGUGGGACCCAAAAUGUUAGUACAUUUUGUAGCUAAUGAAAAUACAAUCCCCUAUAAUUGGUGUGCUGCACAGCUAACAUUCUUCAUCUUUUUCAUUAUUAGCGAACUUUUUAUUCUCUCUGCAAUGGCCUAUGACCGCUAUGUGGCCAUCUGUAACCCUCUGCUCUACACAGUUGUCAUGUCACGAAGAGUAUGUUGGGUGCUGGUGGCAAUCCCCUAUCUCUACAGUGCUGUUGUCUCUCUAAUAACCACCAUCAAAAUUUUUAUUUCAUCUUUCUGUGGCUAUAAUGUCAUUAGUCAUUUCUACUGUGACAGUCUUCCCUUGUUAACUUUACUAUGUUCUAGCACACUUGAAAUCGAGUUAUUCGUAUUGAUCUGUUCCACAUUUAAUUUGGUUUCAUCUCUUUUUAUAGUUCUUAUAUCCUACAUUCUGAUUCUUGUGGCCAUCCUCAGGAUGAAUUCAGCAGAGGAGGGUAGGCGGAAGGCCUUCUCUACAUGUGGAUCUCACCUGACAGUGGUAGUUGUACUAUAUGGAACUCUAUCCUUCAUGUAUAUGCAGCCUAAGUCUAGUCACUCCUUUGAUGCAGAUAAAAUGGCUUCUGUGUUUUACACUCUAGUCAUACCCAUGCUGAAUCCCAUCAUCUACAGCUUGAGGAACAAAGAGGUAAAAGGUGCCUUGCAGAGGAUAUGGAAAAAUGUGCGCAAACUUCCUGUUUAA